UUUCCUUCUUUUAAAAACGAGCAGGAUAUAUUGAAACUCAUUUACGCUUUUAAGCAUCGAAUUGUUACAAUCCGAUGUCGACAGAUGACGUGGGGACUCUUUAACAAUGGUUUAUCACGGUAGCGUGACAUAUGACUAUAUAAUACAUAUUAUAUUUAAAGAUAAAAUAAAAUCUGUUUUUAUAUGGGAGGAUAACAGUGUGUAUCUCAUUCUAUUUUAGUAUACGCAUACUGUGAGAAAAUCGUAUUAAGCAUACCAAAAAUAUGUAAAAUACGUUUGGGUGUACAAUAUUAUCCGUGUUGCAUAGGCAAAAUAUUGAAUUUGUGAUUCCCUAGCCGUCAUGUUGAGAUAUUUCUUCCGCGAUCCAUCACGCCUGAUUAUUUCAAUAAGGUCUGGUCUCAUUCAGCAAGAAGUAGUAAUUCAAAUACAGCUAGUACUAGAGACAUUGUCAAGUAAAGUUUUCAUAAUGUGAAAGUGAAGAUGUUCAUUUUCGUCGAUAUUUAUUUGCAAGAUAUUUACCAAAAUUGAAAGCUUACUACUAAGCUGUACGAUAAGUAUGGCUAUUUCGAUUUCUCGGUCGUUAAUAUUCCCUUUCUUAAUAAUAACGUCCUUGCUUCCCCAACCUACGGUGUUUAUAAGUCGCAGUUGAUUCGGCAUUCAAGAGAUUGCUCCGAAUAUCCCGAUUUCAGUUAUCGACUUCUGACAGACAAAUUUGCAACCCAUGGUUUCCAAAUAUGCAAUUUUAUAGAUAUCAUAGACAGGUUCGGUGGUCUCAAUCAAAUUCCCAUUGAGAAAUGUGGUAGCUGUUUGUUUGUGUGAUAUGAAUUAAGGUCGAUGUAUUUUAUUAUGCCCAUUAGUGUGUGUUGAUAAUUCGUUGUCAUUUUCCCGGUUUUUCGGUAUAAGGACGUGACAUUACAUGGAUUUGACAAAGAUUUAAAUAGCGGCUGUCGUCGAUGAAACAAAAGACACGUACUUCCCUUCUGGAACAUCCAGCAAAUGUCGGUUAAAAGUUCUGUAGUGCUAAUAUUACUUGCAAUUGUUACUUAUCCAAUCUAUUGCAUCUUUUCUCCGCGUGAAUCUUUCUUUAUACAGUAUAGAUCUGAGUAAGAUUAUUUGGGUGUCUAUAGCUAUCAAGGAUAAAUCGUUUUGCCAGAUAAAUGGUGUAGUGCUACCACACAAUGCAUCUGGGAACACCAGCAGAGUUAUCGUCCUUGUUUUGAUGUUUACAUUCUUCAUAGGAUGCAUGUGUUCAUGUACAUAGUUUAAAUAAGUUCCUCAGCAGGGACAGGGAAAACAUAAUAGGUGAUACUUUCCAAGUAAAAGAUACAAAAUGGCUGAUGGAUCAGCAUCCAACCCGUAUGGAGUGGUGGUGGUUGGAAUGGGUAUAGCAGGGAGGGUCAGGAUCAGAGACCUCACAGCCUCAACUCACUGUGAAGGCUGUCACUGGACUGUCAAAGGAUUUGUGUCAAGAAGGGACAUUGAAGUAGAAGGAUCAGUAAAACUUGAACUUGAUGAGGCUCUUAAUAGAAAGGAUGUCCACGUUAUCAUCAUCUGCACAGAAAAUGAACAACACGAAGAUCAAGUCAGAAAAAGCCUACAGCAUGGGAAGCAUGUACUCAUUGAGUUUCCAGUGGCGUUAAACUCUCGGGCGGCAAAGGAGUUCUACCAGCUCGCAUCUCAAAAAGGACUCAUUCUUCACCAGGAAAAUAUUGCUUUGCUGAAUAAUUUUAAAGACAAGUUGACUGGUGCAGGAAAAUGGAAGUGUGGAACAAUCUCACUCACAGGAAAGCUGAAUGGCUGGAUUGGGGACAUGAAAAGAUCUGGUCGACCUUUUAUAGCCAAUAUUUCCCUGAUUGAAACAGUGUAUCAUUUAGUGGGGGAGGUCAAGGUCAUCGGUGGAAAGUUUACAACACUGGAAAAUGGCUAUAAUGCUACGGCAGAACUGGAAACUACAGAUGGAAAAAAAGUGAUUGUAUCUCUGACAAGGCUGACAGAAGCCAAGAGACAGAAGAGGGUAUACUUUGAGAUAGAGGAUGGGAGUACUGUAGAAUAUGUUCCUGAGGCGCCAAAGUCACAAUCAACUCAGGGAGACGGCAAAAAACCAGUCGGUUUGUUCAUGAGGGACUUCCUGCUGUUCAUCAAUGAAGUAAAAUCCGGGAACAACAAUGAAUCAGAUAUAAAAAGGACACUACGUAGUAUGGAAAUAGCAGAGGAUAUUCACUCCAUGAUUCUAUGACGUCUGUGAAAAAUGUAGCUGAUAUCUUAUUUACCGGGUAUAUUACAACAGUAAUGGGGCAUUGCCAAGCUGUGAGCUUAUACACCCACAACAGUCAAAGAUGAAUAUUUUCAUUUUCUUAAGCAGUUGUUUUAAGACUAUAUCUACUCAGGUACCCAAGAAAAGUUGUUGUUAUGGUUUGAGUCCAAAUGUUGCUGGCUGUCCAGGUCUGGUUUAAAUCUAGUCAGAUGUUCAGUGUUUGUUUGAAAUUAGAUUUUUGUAUUAAAAUGGGAGUCCUUUUUUAGAGUUCCAAAUUUAGCAGCCUAGAUAGAUUUACUGGUUCUAAUGACCAGGUGAAUCUGUAGUCACUUUCGACAUCUUGAAAUACAUAACAGAAAAAUAUCCUCUUAAACGAUUGUUGUUAUCAUCGAAUAAAUGAGUUUAUGAAUAUAUACUGUACAUUGGGUCAUGUUAAGCUAGAUGUCAAUUGUCUAGUUGUCCUACCACAUCACAUGUUUACAGCCAGUCUUGCAGGGAAAAAGUUAUUUUUUUAUUUUUUUUUAUUUAACAUUGUCUUAAAAAUCCAGCUAUAUCGCAUUCAGAAAACUUCAGCAGAGCAUGGGCAAUGGGUGUUACAUUAACAGGGUUCUUUACAAAUCAAACUGGUUCCUUUUGUAUUCCAGCUGGAUAAUCAAAAAAUUGUCAGAUGUCCAUGUUCCGACAGCUGCAAAUGAAGGUGACAGCAUUAAAGAGGUUAGAAUAAUUGUUUCACUAAUUUUGUAAGCUUUAUCAUUGUAAAUGUACUGUGUUCACCUACAUAAAGGUCGUAAAAAUUGCAAUACGGUUUAAUAUUAAAUUUAUAAACUAA